AUGCAGGGUCCGAAAUUCUUUGUGGUAGCGCGUGUCGUCGGCCGAGAUGGCGGUAUGCCGCUUUGGAAAGAGAGAUUAGUCCACCUCUGCGAUGUCUCUGCUACGGAGCUGUACGGGGACUCCUACUACUGGGGCGAGGAUCUCGACGGCGAGCCGGACACCCUAUGGGGCCUCGAAGGCUACACUCACCCCAUCGGCUUCUUCAUAGACCACGUAUCCUCGAGCAUCUUCAAGCGCGAGAUGGCGCUAGUGGACAAGGAUGAGCUGCUCAGACACCAGCAAGGCUUGGGGAGCCCGGACUACGACCUCCACCACUACGAUCAGGAGUCUGGCUGGCUCAAGAGGGAAGAUGAUCCUGAUCGACACUCCAAUCUUCUGGAAGAGGUCCAACCGCUGUGUUCGAAAACCGAGGUACACUUCUCAAAGUCUUUUGACGGUCACUUGGAUCUCCAAGCCGGGACUCGGUAG